GAAUAUUUAGAAAAUAGUAACGAAGAUACAGAGUUGGAUGAAGCAAAUAAUAGUUUAAAUAAAUUGUGGGAAGAUUCAGAAAAUAGUAAUAAAGAUAUAGAUUAUUUAGUUAGUGAUAUUUAA